CAGAUAAAUAUGGAAAGUCGGUCAACAGUCAAAAUGUCGAAAAGUUUAAUAUUACUACUUGUCUCGAUUUUUUGUGGAAAAGUGACGGGGAAGUGUUCAGAUGGUGCUUUUGUGUAUGGAAAUUCCUGCUACCUAGACUUCAACAUCCGGGCUACGUGGGCCGAAGCUUCCAUCAUAUGUCAAGCGUAUGGUGGUUAUUUGGCGAAUAUUAACGAUAUUCACGAGCAGCACGUGAUACAAACAGUCAUCUCCAGAAAUAUAGGAGGCUUUAGUCCUGGGAUUUUUUGGCUUGGAGGGACGGAUAUUCAGAUCGAGGGGGAAUGGGUGUGGACCGGAAAUGUUGAGGCUUUUGGGACAUACAAAAACUGGUCCCCAGGGGAACCAAACAAUGCCGGCUCUAACGAACAUUGCCUGGAGAUGGAUAUGAACGGAAACUACCAAUGGAAUGAUAACAACUGUCAAAACAGAUUCAACUUUAUCUGCGAAAUACCGACAACGGACCCAGGAAUUACUGCUGGUGGACAAGGGAUUAUUGGAAAAAGGAAGAAUCAUUAAAGAAACUAUCCUAUCCUUUAAGU